CUAACACUGCUGCCACCCACUGCCCCAGCCCUCUGCCAUCUGUGUGUGCGGGGAGGGUUUUGCACUUCCCAGGAUCUGGAUCCCGCCAUACGAAGGUUCCUGUCUCCUCCCUGACCUGCAACAAAGCCCGUCAUGCCGCUGGGAAAACCUGCACCCCUGAGCAAGAGGAAAAAGCCCUCCAAGAUCAUCACCGACCUCUCACAUAUCUCCCAGCAUGAGGGUGAAGAACAGCCAGAGGCGUCCGAGUUGGACCUGGGAACAAAGAUCAGAACACCCAGGGACAUCAUGCUGGAGGAGCUGUCCCUGAUGAAGAACCGAGGCUCUAAGAUGUUCAAGAUGAGGCAAAAGAGAGUUGAGAAGUUCAUCCACGAGAACAACCCUGACGUCUUCAGCUCUGACUCCAUGGACCAGCUGCAGAAGUUUGUUCCCUCUCUCGGUGGUCAGUUUGGAGGUCAGAUGAUCAACCUGGGUGGGCAUUUAGUCAGCAAGCAGGCUGGACAUCUGAAUUAUACCGGCCUACGUAUUGGAGAAGGCCCUCCAGUGCCUCCACCGAAGCCUGGGAGCAAAAGUGGCGGAGCAGGAGGGGCGGCAGGAGAUGCUGGGGGUGACCAAGGGCAGGUGGGAAAAGGAGAAGAAGGAAGCGGGUGGUCUCCACUUAAAGGAGGAGGAAGAGAUGAGGGAGCAAGCAAGCGAACUUACGUGAAGACCUAUGUCUCUCCUUGGGAGAAAGCCAUGAAAGGUGAUGAGAGUUUGCUAGCCACUCUGAAAACUAGAAUGCCUGAGCCUGGUAAGAAAAAGGAGCAUCCCAAAUAUAAAAGCUUCAACAGGAGUGCAAUGCCCUUCGGCGGAUUCGAGAAGGCCAACCAACUCAUGAAAUUCCAGCUGCCGGAUCCUGAGGCGAGCAAACCGGAGCCUGAACCGCCAGUGGUCUACCAGCAUGACAUCGGCUGCAGGCCAUCUUUCAACCGCACACCCAUUGGUUGGGUGGGCAGCAGUGAGCCCAGCAGCAUCCACAUGGAGACCAGCGACGCGGUGCCGUUCGACGGAGAAACGGACGAGCUGUGAAACUAUGAACGCAUGCACAAUAGAUGCAAGGGAUUUGACUAAAUUUCUGAAUGUGAUUGACAAGUGUUUGACUGCGACGCAACUAAACUAUGAGAUGAAAUGAAACGUCAAAUGAAGGCCACAAGGGAAAAAAGAAGGUGGAUGAAUUGUAACAAAUACUGUUGCGCAAACUGUCUUCAUGUCAACAGGUGUUUAUCUUUCAGGUACAUUUUCUUAGAAGACUGUGAUUCAAUGGAACCAUAGAGAACCAAGACGAGUGUUGAAUGCUUCCUUUCAAUGUCUAAACUAUGAAAACCAACACUGUGAACGA